AUGCCAGCAUCCCUACCCUUGUGCUUUGAUGCCAUCAUUAAGUCAAAGAAAGCUUACGUCAGGGAAGUGGCUCCUGUAAGGGCGCAAAGCAGCGUGGCAGGGGUCCGAGCUGGGGUUCUGUCUCCGCUGGGCUGCCGCCCCAGCUGGACUACCGCCAGGGAACUCAGCGCCAAUUACCUCCAGGAGAAGCUGCAGCGGGACCUGGAGGCAGAGCAUGUGGAGGUGGAGGACACGACCUUCAACCGUUGCGCCUGUAGCUUCCGAGUCCUGGUGGUGUCAGCCAAGUUCGAGGGGAAGCCGCUGCUUCAGAGACACCAGCUGGUGAAUGCGUGCCUAGAAGAGCUCCCACACAUCCAUGCCUUUGAACAGAAAACCCUGACCCCAGAGCAGUGGGCCCGUGAGCAGCAGAAAUGA